UAAUAUUAACACUGUUCAGUGCCUUGAGUGUUCGUGCGAGGAUAUCUGGCGUAAAUAGCCCGUUGCUAUAGCAACCCCCUUGGAUACCACGCUUCAACAGCUUGUUUAUCGCCCUGACAUUGACAAUACGUCACUUGAACGCUAGCUGGCGCUUAACAAUGUUCUGGGGAGUAAGUCCUGCGUUGGAUUUGCAGCAAGAGUAUCUACAAUACGGCGAUGAACACGCCUACGAGCUUAAUUUCUUGGUCAUCGGAGGCUGCGAUGCACGCCAUUUGCUGAAGACGCUGUCGCAGGCCUAUAAACACACGCGUCGGUAUAUGAACUUGUUCGUUAUCGAUGGCUGCCCGGAGCUGGUCGCACGGCAGUUGCUCCUCAUGUCCUUGGCGUUGGAACGGACCACACGGUGCGGUCUAUUGGAGAAGACGAGACGUUAUCUAGAAGUGUAUGGUAACCUCCUCCUGCGACCUUCAACAUCGAGGUAUGUUAUCGCCAAAGCCCGUCAGCUCGUCGGCAUGAUCACCAAUACUGACUACAUGAGCUGCCUUCUUCCCUGUGUCUCCGUUGAGCAGAUGAAAUACCGCGAAAGGGAUUAUAUGGAAAACUUAUUAAAUUUCUGGAUUACCGGGAACACGAAUCAGUUCAAUGCUUGCGAAUUAUGGGAGCAUAGACUUCGUCAUAGUCUGGGAAUACGGUAUGAUAAUAGAGCCGGUGUUUACGACUGGGAUUAUCACAUGAGGAUGAAGGAGGUCGCGAGCCAGAUCUGCUUCCAAGAAUAUAAGCAUUUUCGGGAACGCGGAGUCGCCUUUACUUGGCUGGAGACUGAAGUUUGCCGCCCAAAUGUCACCUUUGCAGCUGGUGUUUAUAAGUGUGGUGAUAGAUACUUGCACAGAGGAUAUUUGGGGGAUCUUGUGACGUCACCAUACAUAGCUCACGGCUUGGAUUGUGAAGAUAAAGACAUGCUCAAGUCUGCGCACGGAGUGAAUUAUAAAAGGGCGACUGACAUAUCCGAGCGGAAUGUGAUGAGAAUGCUGUAUGAAGUUGAGAACAGAAAGCCGUUCGAUCCCGUAUCAAUGAAUCUAGACACUGAACAGAAUCUUGGCAUGGUGGUGCUCAGUGAGUUAGACGCUAAGAUUUCUGAGAGCGGUCCCGAAGCACCGCUACUCCUUCGUGAAGACCGCGAGACGUACAUCAACGUGGACUACGGGAAAGUACAUUUUCUAUCUGUAUCUGCUUUAGACCAGUAUCCGCAUAAGCCCCAGUUCCAAGGCCUUUUCCAUGGAGUUUUUGUGGGGCAUAAUCUACUUCCGAGGAUUAAACCAAGUGUCUGGUCAAUGGCUCGAGAUGAUGCUGUGGUCAUCAUGGAGACUAGAAAGUACAUGGUGGAUUUGAAGCGUGAUGAUGUGAAGGCAUUCGGUGACCAGAUCCAGCAGGCAGCUACAGCAGCUCAGUGCGAGAAGGUUAAGGCUUUCGACCCUGAAAAGGAUGAUUUCGCAAAAUUCCUUAUCCGAAGGAAAAGUGAGAGCGUCGAUUUGCCUCUUUAAUCUAUUAUUAAUGUUAUUUUAAUGUAGUUAAUAUACCUUAUCAUAUUAUAGUUCGCUUUGA